AUGGACCCCUUCAGCACCCUACCUCAUGAGCUCCUAUCUUCAAUCAGCGAGGAAGCCGCUGAUUGGGUUGGGCUUGACAGCCUGAUUCGAGUUUCGCCACGCAUCGCCGCGCUGUUCAUUCCCGAGCGAGGUUCGGAUCAAGCCCACCCCGAUGCCAUCUACCUCGUUGAGAACAUCCUGCGCACAAAUUCUAUGAUGAGUCAUCGACUGCAUCGGUUCUUCCGGAUGUGUGCGGAUCUCCGAAGCCCUACCUUCUCUUCCGGAUGCAAUUUGACCCUAGCCGAGUUUAUGGCGCAAGACUACUCCUCACCUCUGAGCUCCACUUCUGUGACCGGCACUGUGCUGCGGGACAUGGUUCGGGUCGCAGCCAACAUCCAGCGACUGGCCUGCGCCUGCUUAACCACCUUUCUGGCACGCAUCCGAGCGGUGCAACCAAUAGGCUACGGGAGGGAUGCGGCCGGGAAGCUAAAGGGGGGAGAGCCAUACCCAGCGCAAGAAGCCGGUCCUCCAUCGUGGGCAGAAGAAUACCGUGUUUACCGAGCCUUGUGGCAUCUUCAGCUGUAUUCGGAUGUCUGGACAGUCGUCCUUCAGCCAGGCUGGUCUCCCAGCGAGCUCCAUCUCCAUCUACGAGUCUCGGACUUUGAUGUCCCUUCCGAAAGGGCUGAACACGGGCCAACACAAGAUGAAGAACCCACUGGGGAUGAGAUGCGGGCUGUAUCGGAGUGUCUGCAGGAUAUUUGUCCGGAACCAAACUUGUCGGAACCCCUGAUUGCGAACCUCGAAAGCUUUCACCUGCGGUUCUGGCUGGAGUUGCCGGAUGCAUUGUCACUCAGGCGCCAGGAUCCCACAGGCAGCGACGACUGUCAAGCCAGUGCCUUCCGUGGCUUCAGGGUCUGGAGUCCUCCACCACUCCCACCAUCCGACGAGGAUAAGUGUAAGCCUGUUUUGGGGCAAUGGGCCAACACUAUCCCUGCUAUGCAGGAACGAAACAUCGGAAAUCUCUGGUUCAUGCUACCGACGUAUGAGGCAUAUGGACGCCCUGCUAUGUUCCAAACAGGCUCUCUUCUAGAUCCUCGACCACUACUCGGACUGGGAUUGGUUUUCUGGGACCGAUGGAGGCUCUACAACCUAGGUCUUUGGUCCCGGUAGAUUAUAUGCCGAGAUUGAAAGACGGAAGAGAAAGAAAUUAUCGAUGGUCUGAAUUUGCUGCAGCUCGCUUGGCACAGGAGGAACAGGAGGUGCAGGAGGCAAGGAGUAGUCUGGCGGCUCAAUGACAGGUAUCUCGUCUUCUAAACCGUACCAUGUCUAAAUGGUCGGAUUAUUUAAUAAUAGUCGGUAGAUGAAGGUUAUAGAGUUAGAUUUUACCAUC